UCGAGAUCGGUUGUUGAAGAUGACCUUAAAGUGCACUUCCUUAUCUGGAAAACGUCUCCUUGAGGAAUUGAAAAUUACAGGCCAGCCAAUGACCGAUGGUAGAUUUUAUUCCUUGCUAAUAUCACCUGAUCUCAACCUCAUUGUUGAUGGAGACCAUAUCUCAUUGGGAUUGCCUGAUCGUGAAGCUAGUUUCUCUGUUGCUCUGGAGGUCUGUGGCACUCCUCCAUACAAUGUCGUCUUGAAACCGUCAACAAAUCUGGUUGAUGUGAUCAAGCAACUUUCCAUGUUUAAACAACUGCGAGCCUACGGUUGGUCAUUAUCGAUAGUUUCCUUACAAAUUUCUCACAACAAAAGAAGUUUGAUUAUGGUUACAAAGCUUAACAAAGAUUUUAUAAUAUCAAACUCAGUGAACUCUCGCGUGGACUUUGAUGGAACAUUAAAGCUUAACGUUCACAACUUGGAAAACAUAAUGGAUUCACUGUUAGAUCAAAAAUUGCAAGCUGAGCUCGAUGGUGAAAUAAUGCUCACUCUGGAAUUUAUUAUUCAAGGCAAAAUGACAAAGUUGUCCAUCAAAAUGGCGCAGACAUUAAGCUAUGCGUCAUUUGGAGGGGGAGUUGAAGAUAAUUGCUUGCUUGAAAUGAAGCAAAAUACGCAAGGACUUUUGAUGGAAAACACUAUGGAAAAAAAUCCUUUUCUUCAUACAGAACUUGACAGAUUUGUUGAACUUGAUCAACCUAGUAACAUAUCAUGUUUUCUUAGCGCAAUACUAUACCAUGAGAAGAUAAGUAAAAACUCCCGCUAUCGUGAAGCAAGCAAUGGCGUCAAAAUGACUUUCCAUGGCAAUCUUAAGUUUGGUGCCUUACGCUUUGACAACCUUGAGGUGGAGUUGCGUUUAGAAAAUCCUUUAUGCCAGAAUUCGUCGCAGACGAUUCGAUCGAAGAUCAUUGCAAAGUUGGGUGGAAAAUAUGGGCGACGUUUUGAAACUGCACAGAAAAAACUAGGAAUAUUUAAAGUCGUUCGUAGUUCAAAAAUAAAUUUACAGAUUGGACGUGAAUCAGCUGCUGAUUCCGGGGGCUCUUUCUCCAGCAUUGCUAAUGUUCUUGGUUUUGAAAGUGCCGUAAACGUUAACAUAUCACAAAGUGGCCUGGCAUUUUUUGUCAAGGGGAAGAUAAAUGGGUUGUUUGAUGUAUCAGCUACUUUCAAAUCUAGCUUGGUGCCAUGGAUUUAUCAGCGAUACACAGCAAGUGGAGUUUUCGAGAUUAAAGAAGCCUCUGAUAACCUCGACCGACUUUUGGAAAAAGAAAUUGAAAAAUACACCGCUGAGUACUUGACAAAAAUAAAAAAGAGACUUGAUCUUUCUGCAGAGAUAGAAAAUCGCGAAAAAGGCAGUCUGAGAGAAGUUCAGAUCCUUCGGGAAAAUUCGCGAAGGAAGAUGAAUGAAAUAAAUGUCGAGCGUAGAAAAGCAACUUAUCAGUUAUUGUCAGCGAAAGAAAAUUUGAAUCUUCUUCAGGAAUUCGUCAUUGGUUAUUCUGAUAAAAUUGGUUUGUUGAAUCAAAAAUUAAACAAACUUUGCGAGUUAAAACACUGUCCUAAAAUCUGUCAUAAAGGAAAAUAUUGUACAACAUGUUGGAGCUAUACAUUUAUUGAGAAACACGAAACCUGUUCAUCAACGUGUCACAAGACCAAACAGGAACGCAGGCCUCCAUACGAAGAGCAAGCAAUUUGCAAAAAUGAAAGAUGUAAAAGAAUUCAUUCCAAGAGAGAUUUCCUUGGUAUCCCAUUAGCAAUAGUUGGCGUUGUCAUAAAAAACCCUGUUGUAAUAAAAGCUGGAAUUGGUUUACUUACAGCAAAAAAAGGUGCAUGGAAUUGUCGCGUUUCUAAUGAUAAAUGCAAGAAGGCAACAUUUGUGUAUGACUAUAUUCACACUCCGUAUAUUUGUGAUGAUACCUGUAUGACAAAAGUGGUUAACACAUCCACAGAAGAAGAAUGUUGCUCCAAUGUUUCAUGUGCAUCGUUCAUUGCUAAUGUCAGUUGUUUUGCUGAAAAUUCACUGUGUAAGAAAGCAAGAAAAGAGGCUUUAAAGGAGAUCGCAAAAGUAGAAGCAGACGCAGUGAUGAUUAUUGGAAGCCUAGACAGUGCAAGGCAAAAUGUUUCGUUCUGGAGUAUGAGGAGAGAGAAAAUGUCAAUAAGAAAACUGGCAGCCCAGCGUUCUCUGGAUGCUUACGAGAGUGCCUCACGCAACCUUGAAAAGGCCUACAAUAUGACGAACGAGAAUCGGAAAAGGAAAUUUGGAGCAUUAUCGAAGACGUUGUCGAUGUUGAAAGACCUUUCCAAUGGGCCUGGUAGAUCCCGCAUUAACAUAAUAGAUAUUGGUUUUGAAACGAGAGUUUUGCCACAACAAGACACUAACGUAUUACUUCUGAAUAUCAAGCUGCAGCUUAAUACGAAACAACAAGAAUUGUCAACUUUACUGGAUUUCAAUAACUUGGAGAAGUCGCUGCGAAAUAUUGCAAAAGAGAUUUUAGAGGAGUAUGUCAAAGAAAGUGACCAAUUUACUAGAAGAAAACGAUCUACCGUAAGAACGAAUGAUCUAAAUUUUGAAUUUUACACAUUACAAAGCUUCCACCGAUUAUGUUCAGAGUUUCGUAAAUACAAACAAACUCUGAGUGAAGUCGCGACGUCACUUUUUGAAAGGGCCAAAAAGCUCCAAAAGCUUCGCAAUGAGGAGGUGGAAAAAAAAUUAUCCUUGUCUACAAACAACAGCGCCAUUUUCGGAAAUUUCAUUGUAAACGAAGAGAUCAUAUCGGAAUAUAAUAUUGACAUAAACUAUGAUUCCUACAUAACUGCCCUUGAAACCGAUCCCGAGGUCUCAGAAGCGAGGAAUGUUCAAAACGAGGCUCUGAAGAGCGAGUUUGGUGCGGUUCAUUCGAGCUCAAAAUUAUUUCAUAAGAAUUGGUUAGCAACCAUGGAGAGCAUGUUCGCUGAAUACUCUGAAGAAUGCAGCGGUUUUGAAGAUUGCCUGAAGUACACGUUUGACAGUUUAUUGGAGAUAAGUAUUGGAUCAAGUGCACUGAAUGGGGAUAAAUUACGCGAACAAAUACUAAAUCUAGAGACAAGAUUCUUUAAUCUAACCAGCAAAUCAGAUAUGUCAGUGAAUGAGGCAGUACAUGUUUCAAGAGAUCUCUUGAGAGACGUUAAAGACAUGAGUGGUGUUGAGGACGUUUGUGCGCAUGCUCCAAAUAUCACCCAACAGCCCGAACCGUUCACCGAGCUGGUUGUGAACGAGACACUUGUUUUAAGUUGCGGAGCUACAGGAGAUCACCUUGUUUAUCAAUGGCGUUUCAAUGGUGAGGUUUUAAUAAAUCAAACUACAAAUAUCUUACGAAUCAAUAACACGAGUCCAUCACAUUCUGGAAACUAUUCUUGUGAUGUAUCAAAUCACAUCGCAAAGGCAUCUUCAAUCGUUGCAGUUGUGGUGAUUGGCACUUCUCCGCUGAUUGUUCUGCACCCAGUUCGUCGUCUCAACGUUGUCUUAUCCGAAUAUUCCUCACUUCACUGCAAAGUUGAAAAAGAUGCCCGCAAUACAUCUUUCCAGUGGUGGUUCAAGUCCCCAAAUUCAAGUUCCUUUGCGUUAAUACCAAAUGAGAAAUUUUCUUAUCUCAGCUUCGUCCCAGUAAAACUCCACCACGAAGGAUGGUAUUUCUGUAACGUCUCCAACUCGUUUGGUCACACCAUUUCCAAGUUGAGUUUUGUCCAGGUGUUAAAAUACAGUCUUCCUGUACCAGUUGCAAAACUAUCAUUUACCGUUGUAUCAAAGUAUCCGAGCAAUUUUGAGCAAACCGUGUAUUUUCGUCAAACGUUAACAAACAAAUUGGCUUCUCAUUUGGUUAUUACUGCUAACAAGCUUCUGUCAGAUGAUGAACUAGUCAGAGAUUUGCAUCUGACUGAAUGUAGAGUCAUGCCACGGAAUAACGAUGAAUUAGAACGUGCCGAAGUCUGUGACUGGACAUUCGAAGUCAUUGGUGAGAAUGUUACGUCAACGAAAGACUUAAACGAAAGUUCCUCGUCACAUGAGAUGGAGGAAAUCAUCAACGCAACUUACAAUCUCAAAAACAUACUCUCCGAUAAAGGCAUUGCAAAUAAUGUUACCUUUUCAUUAGUUAACUCCAACCAUUCCACGCUGAAGAAUUCUUUAAAGGUAACAGAGAUGUCUUUGAUCUGUCCAAAGAGCCAGUUCUUCGUUGAAGGAAUAUAUAAAUGUGCUCAAUGUCCUCCAGGAUUCAAAGGUGUGCAUGUGAAUGGCAAGGCGACAUGCGUUGUUUGUCCUCGCGGUUUUUAUCAACCAAGACCCGGUGCAACAUUUUGCAACAAGUGUGCUGAUGGAUCCACCACAACUGAUAAAGGCGCCAUUGACGAAAAGCAAUGUAAAGAGGAUGGUAAAUAUUUCAUUGCCUUUGUAUUGGAGAAUAAUUACCACACUGCUGUAAUUGUCACGAUAAACGUGUCAGGUCAGUUGGAAUACGUUUAUUUGAAGGCAGCGGAAACCGCGCUCAGAAGUAAAACCUGGAAUACGAAGAGUUCGUUGAUUGUGAGUGCAGUCGAGGCUGGUACAGAUCGAGCCCUGGCAAUCAAUGGGCAAUUAGGUCUUCAUCUCAAACCAACAGCCCUUAAGUUCCUUGCGUUAAAUGUUCUUAAAAUCGAAGAGAAAUAUCAAGAGGCACAUUCAAGCAUCGGAUAAGAAAAGCUGUCUUUUAUUUGCCAGAUACAAAGUGGAUAAUCUUAAAUUUUUUGAAAUUACAGUAAUAUUAUAAUUUUUUAGGUUAAUUUGACUAGUUAAUCAUUUGACUGUAGCUUAGAUUGCAUUAAAUUUUACUACUAUUAACGCUCUUAUUCCGUGCAGGUUGAAUAAGAAUGCAUUUACUGUGUUAAUAUAUAAUUAUUUAGCGUGAAAUUUUGGUGCAGAAAUCAGCUUAGUCAUCAUGCUGAGUAAUU